UCUACGAUCGCCUAUCGUGUCGAACACAGUCGGAGCUCAGAUCUAGUUACUUCCAGAAUAUCAACCGUAUCAGGUUUAUAACUAGCAGAAGAAAACACGCAAUCGACGACUACGACGAAGCCCGAAUCAACUAUAAACACACAGAAGCAAUAGUGUAUUUCAAGUUCAACACCGGCAACACUGUCGACAUUUUAGGAAGCAUACUUUGUGACAAUAUUGAAGACAGAGACUGCAUGUACAAUGGUGUCUGCACAAGUAAAGUUGGUUUUGUUGUAUUGGUUGUCUACAGUGUUUUUGACCUGGGAUAAUAUCGUUCAAGGAAAAGCAAUCGGAGAGGCAUAUUCUAGCUCUGGCGUGCAUUACCUGAAGCAGUUUGGUUAUCUGCCAGAAGACAAGGGCGGAAAAGCACAGGCCGCGCAAGAUAUCUCUCAAAGUUUAAGAGUAUUUCAAACGUUUGCUGGCUUGAAUGUGACGGGCCGGUUUGAUGAAGAAACUGUAGAAAAAAUGAAAGAACCAAGGUGCGGUGAUAAAGAUCAGCUCCCGACAGGAGGCAGACGACGAAGAUAUGUCUUAGAAGGAAGUAAAUGGAAAAAAAAGGACCUGACGUAUCGUAUUGAGAACCACCCCUACGAUGGACCAACAAACAGAAAAAUUUUGACACCGGAAUUGAUAUCAAAAACAAUCAAAGCGGCUUUACAGAAAUGGUCGUUCGCUGCUGAUCUUGUAUUUGAGGAGAUAAAAGAAGGAGAAGCUGAUAUUAUGAUCAAGUUCAGCGCUGGGGAACAUGGCGAUAACUACGGGUUUGACGGACGAGGCAAGGCGCUUGCUCACGCCUUCUAUCCCAACGAAAACACAGGUUAUGCCGGCGACGUUCAUUUCGACUCGGACGAAAAAUUCUCGCUAACGGAGGAUGAAUCGACGAACUUCAUAUGGGUGACCACACAUGAAUUUGGGCACAGCCUGGGGCUGAGGCAUAGCCAGGAUGCGGGGGCAAUAAUGUACCCAUGGUAUCAAACAGGGGAAAUGGGGGAUGUGAGGCUGAGUAAGGAUGAUAAAGAUGGGAUACGGCGCCUUUAUGGAAAGUCGAUUGGAAGAAAUAGCGAAUCGCCGAUUGUGCUUCCGCUUCCCCCAAGAAAAGAAUGUCAUUCUGCAUUUGACGCUGUGUUUCACGACAAAAGGCACCAAAGGGUGUACGCGUUACGAGAGUUUGAGUUCUAUCUGAUGACUCGAAACGGUGAACACUCAAAGGGUCCCAGAAGAAUUAAUAAACGAUGGAAAGGUUUAAACACCAAAGUUCGCGCAGCGUACACGAGGGAAGAUGGAUAUACCAUAUUCUUCACAAGACACAGAUAUUACAAGUACGACGGUACAAGACUUGUUGUAGGCCCCCUCCACAUUGAGGAGUAUGGUCUUUCAGCUGAGCUGCGUGAUAUGGACGCUGCAAUAACGUACCCAGGAAAUGGACAAACAUACUUCUUUAAAGGGGACAAAUACUGGAAAUAUGACGAGGAAAAUAGGAAGAUAUUUCCGGACUACCCGAAACUUAUCAAAAAACAUUGGCAUGGCGUGCCAGAUAACAUUGACGCCGCUUUGCAGACACCAGAGGGUGAAACAUAUUUCUUCAAAGGGAAGAAUUAUUAUAGGAUUAGCCAGGGUGGUAGAUCUAAAUUUCAAGUAUAUCCCGGUUACCCAAAGCCAAUUGGACCACACUGGCUUGGAUGUACAGAUAAAGAGUCUGGAGUUGUGACAUUUUCAAAGGAUGACAAAAGCGCAGCGCUAGGAUUAAGACAUUCAUACAUUGUGAUCAUUGUGACUGCUCUUGUAAGAUUUGCUCUAAGUUGAAUGGUGUUGUAUAGUUGGAGUUGAAAACUUCAUGUAUAGAUAAAAUGAUGUGUAAAUUUUCAUUGAUAUUAACUAGGAAUAUGGUUUUAAACAAAAUUAAUAGGAAGUUAAAAUUAUCAAAAACUUGUCACUUUUGUUUAUAGUUCUUACUAUUACAACAUAGGAUAAUCUAUUGUAGAGAAUGAACACUGGUCCUUCAUCUGACAAACUUUAGUUCAUUUGCAAAGGAACUAUUAAUGGUUUUGUGCUAACUAUGGAACUUUACAGUCUCAGAGCAAUACAAAAAUCAAACUUCAAUCCAUAUGGGCACAGACCACUGUUAACUGAAACUCAAAAUUCUAUUCAAUUUAGCAUCCUU